CUGGUGGGCCCCACUGUUUGCAGGGCUGCCAGCUCUGCCCUGCUUUCCUGGCACCCUCAGGGGAUGAGCCCUGCCCCAGAUGGACCCUGGCACGUGCCCGGGGGGCUGCUGCAUUCGGAGGGCGGCUGCUUGGGACCAUGCUGAUGCAAUGCAGAAGAGCGUGAAGGAGGGGCUGUUGCUGAAGCAGACGAGCUCCUUCCAGAGGUGGAAGAGGCGAUACUUCAAGCUGCGGGGCAGGACACUCUAUUAUGCCAAGGAUGCCAAGUCCCUGAUCUUUGAUGAGGUGGACCUGUCAGAUGCCAGCGUGGCCGAGACCAGCACCAAGAACAUCAACAACAGUUUCACGGUGAUCACACCGUUCCGGAAGCUCAUCCUGUGUGCAGAGAACAGGAAGGAGAUGGAGGACUGGAUCAGUGCCCUGAAAUCUGUCCAGAAGUGGGAGAUUCACGAGGCCACACAGUUCAACAUGGAGCACUUCUCGGGCAUGCACAACUGGUACGCCUGCUCCCACGCCCGCCCCACCUUCUGCAACGUGUGCCGCGAAGCGCUCCCGGGGGUCACCUCCCACGGCCUGUCCUGUGAAGUCUGCAAGUUCAAGGCACACAAGCGCUGCGCUGUCAGAGCCACCAACAACUGCAAGUGGACGACCCUGGCAUCCAUUGGCACUGAAAUCAUCGAGGAUGAGGAUGGGGUGGCCAUGCCCCAUCAGUGGCUGGAGGGGAACCUGCCCGUGAGCGCGCGCUGCGCCGUCUGCGAUCGCACCUGCGGCAGCGUGCGGAGGCUGCAGGACUGGCGCUGCCUCUGGUGCAAGGCCAUCGUUCACAGCGCCUGCAAGGAGCUCUUUGGGAAGAGAUGCCCCCUGGGCCAGUACAAAGUGUCCAUCAUCCCACCAACCGCCUUGAACAGCAUCGAUUCGGAUGGUUUCUGGAAGGCCACCUGCCCCUCGACCUGCUCCAGCCCUCUCCUGGCCUUCGUCAACUCCAAGAGCGGCGACAACCAGGGCGUCAAGUUCCUGCGCAAGUUCAAGCAGUUUCUCAACCCGGCCCAAGUGUUCGACCUCAUGAACGGGGGCCCGCACCUGGGGCUGCGCCUGUUCCAGAAGUUCUCCACGUUCCGGAUCCUGGUGUGCGGCGGCGACGGCAGCGUGGGCUGGGUGCUCUCCGAGAUCGAUGCCCUCGGCCUCCACAAGCAAUGCCAGCUGGGUGUCCUGCCUCUGGGGACCGGCAACGACCUGGCGCGGGUGCUGGGCUGGGGCAGCCUGUGUGAUGACGACGCUCAGCUGCUGCAGAUCCUGGAGAAGCUGGAAAGGGCCACCACCAAGAUGCUGGACCGGUGGAGCGUGAUGACCUACGAGGCACCCAAGCAGUCUCCCCCGGCCCUGAAGGAGGAGGAGGAGAAUGGGGACUCCAACAUCCAGGCCCAGAUCUCGCACUACGCUGACUCCGUUGCCUUCCACCUGGCCAAGAUCCUGGAGUCGGACAAGCACUCAGUGGUGAUCUCCUCUGCCAAGUUCCUCUGCGGCACCGUCAACGACUUUGUGGCUGAAGUUGGACGGGCUUACAAGAGGGCAACAGAGAACAAGCAGGAGGCCGAGCUGAUGGCACGGAAGUGCGCCAUGCUGAACGAGAAGCUGGACUCCCUGGUGCGGGAGCUCAACGAGGAGGCUCAGGCCAUCGUGGUCCCCGAGGGGAUGGCACAGGCUGCCCCUGCCGACACCAAGGACCAGGAGAAAGGUGGCAGCUUCAACCCCAGCCCCGUGCCUCGCAUCUUCAAGUCCAAGGAGCAGCUCAUGCUGCGGGCAAACAGCCUGAAGAAAGCUCUGAGGCAAAUCAUUGAGCAGGCAGAGAAAGCUGUGGACGAGCAGAACAAGCAGACCCAAGCCUACCGGGGCACUGGAGGUCCCAGCAAGAGGGACAGCUCGGAGGAGCUGGACAAAGAGGAGAGACUCAGCUCUCGGCUGGAGACAGUGACCUCCACGUCUUCCUCCAUCAUCCUGGACCGGCCAGACACCUUCAGCAGCCUGCAGUUCCCCGAAGAUCCCAGUGCCCUCCACUUCUCAGAGAAAUGCGUCAUGAACAACUACUUUGGCAUCGGCCUCGACGCCAAGAUCUCCCUGGAGUUCAACAACAAACGGGAUGAGCACCCCAAGAAGUGCAGCAGCCGCACCAAGAACAUGAUGUGGUACGGGGUGCUGGGCACCAAGGAGCUCCUGCAGCGCACCUACAAGAACCUGGAGCAGCGGGUGCAGCUGGAGUGCGACGGGGUGCCCAUCUCACUGCCCAGCCUGCAGGGCAUUGCCGUCCUCAACAUCCCCAGCUACGCCGGGGGCAUCAACUUCUGGGGAGGCACCAAGGAAGACAAUAACUUCGGGGCUCCAUCCUUUGAUGAUAAGAAGCUGGAGGUGGUGGCUGUGUUUGGCAGCAUCCAGAUGGCCGUGUCACGGGUCAUCAACCUGCAGCACCACCGCAUCGCACAGUGCCGCCUGGUGAAGAUCACCAUCCGGGGGGACGAGGGGGUCCCCGUGCAGGUGGAUGGAGAAGCCUGGAUCCAGCCCCCCGGCAUCAUCAAAAUCCAGCACAAGAACCGAGCCCAGAUGCUGACGAGGGACCGGGCAUUUGAAAGCACCCUCAAGUCCUGGGAGGACAAGCAGAAGGGGGAGAGCUACCGAGCAGCCACCCGGCCGCGGCUCAGCUCGCAGCAGUCCAUGGAGUACCUGACGGAGGAGGAGAGCAGCCUCCUGCAGCAGGGCUCCCGCGUGGCCGAGACCCUCAUCGCCAGGAUCCACGAGGCAGCCAAAGCUCACAAGGCUGUGGAGCAGGAGCUGGCACACGCCGUCAAUGCCAGCUCGCUGGCACUGAGUGAAGCCCUCUCCAACAAAGCUGCGGGCACCUCCGAGUUUCUCAGCAGGAACGCAGCUGUGGAGGUGGUGCUGAGCAUCAAGGAGCUGUACACCGAGACCAGGGCGUUCCUGGAAGGGAAGGCGUUGGAUUCACCCCAGGAGGAGGAGGCCCUGCAUGGCCCCCUGAACGUGCUGGGCCAGGAGCUACAGAGGCUGCUGGAAAUCCAUUGGCUGGGGCCCAUCGCCCACUCUGCUGAGGAGCCUGGCUUCUCCCAGGAAAGCACCAGCAGCACCAACAAGGGCAGCUUCAAGCUUCGCCUCAACAUCCCCAAGCCCAGGAAGGACAAGGUGCAAAAGCAGAAGACCAACAGCACGCUCCCAGCAGACAAGUGGGGCUCGGAGGAGGUGGCAGCUUGGCUGGAAGCGCUCGGUUUAGGGGAGUACAGAGACAUUUUUGUCCGGCAUGACAUCCAGGGCUCUGAGUUGAUCCUGCUGGAGAGGAGAGACCUGAAGGACCUGGGCAUCACCAAAGUGGGCCACAUGAAGAGAAUCCUCCAGGCCAUUAAGGAGCUCAGCAGCCCUCCCUAGGCUGGCACACAGGACAGGAGCCUGUCCUGCCUAGGCACAGGGCUGCCAGGGCCCAGCCUGCCCCAUCUGUGUGGAACCCCCUGCUUGCCUUGCUUUGUCUGUUUGUCCCCUGGUUGUCCCUGGAGCUGCUGCUUCUCCCCCAAGCCCCUGGGGCUGGAAACACUAAAGCAGAGGCCUGGCCCUGCAGGUAAUGCCGUGGGACCCUCGCUCUGGCCGCAGCAGGGUCAGGACAGGACCUAAGGCUGCCAUCUGUGUGCCCAAGCUGGGCCCAAAGCAAAGAGCCUUCUUCCCCAUGUGGGUAUUUAAGCUGUGUAAA